GAGAGAGAGAGAGAGGGGGGGGGGGAGAGAGAGAGAAGCGAUUGAGGUGCAAACAGUGAGCCAAAUCCCACACAGACAUAACAAGUUGAGCUAUAGAAGGGACAGCCGGUCACAUUUCCGUCUCACCUGCAAACCAAACGUGAGGGGAAUGGUUGAUUGCGUCAGUGUUUGUGUGAGAGUGUGAGUGUGUCUGUGUGCCAUUGCCUGACGCCGUUAGUGGAUGUGCUGACUCUUCUCUCUUGGAAUUCAUGAAAAUCUUUUAAUCUCCGCCAGUGCGGCGUCACACGCAACAACCCCGAGCGCAGAAGGCAUCCAGGUAUCUCUGAGAACACCUGACCUGGGGGAGAACUUUACGCGCACCGGACACCAGCCCAUCGCUUCUUCCCAUUUUUGUUGACGUUGAAUGGAGCAAAGCUGUGUUCCUUGAAUUUCUCACCAGUCUUCCGAAAAACUUUUGCUACAGUUUAGUGACAUUCACCGACGUCUAUUUUUCAAGUCAGCUUGAAGUGAUCGACAUCAACAGGACCAAUGGAUACCAGCCCUGGUGGUGGAGUCAUCCUGUACGCGGGCUCCUCCGGCAGUUCGAGCCCGAGCCCCGGCAGCCCCUCCAGUGGGUACCAGACACAGUCCCCCUGUUCGCACUCCCAGCCCUCCUCUCCGGAGGAGGUUACUACCUGCACAGAGAUCGGGGCGUUUAAACCCAGGGCGUCUGGGUGCACCACCUCGUCCUCCAAACUGGUAUUCCAGUUCCCAGAGAUCUACAGCGCCCCCCCGGCGCCGGCCCCCCCGCAGAACACCUACGCGCACCCCGUCGCAGGAAAGAGGUCGUGCGGUUUCACGGGAACUUUCACAAAGACGGGGGGAAUGGUUCUGCUUUGCAAGGUCUGCGGAGACAUUGCAUCCGGUUUCCACUAUGGAGUGCACGCAUGUGAAGGCUGCAAGGGUUUUUUCCGCCGCAGCAUCCAGCAGAACAUCAACUACAAGAUGUGUGUCAAGAACGAAAACUGUCUGAUCAUGCGCAUGAACCGCAACCGUUGCCAGCACUGUCGCUUCAAGAAAUGCCUCUCCGUCGGCAUGUCACGAGAUGCUGUUCGUUUCGGCCGCAUCCCCAAGAGAGAGAAGCAGCGACUUCUGGACGAGAUGCAAAGCUACAUGAGCAGCCUAAACGAGUCGGUGGCCAUGGACUCCCCUUCAGUGAGGGAGCCUGCCGGUAGCCCAGAGGAGGGCCACUCAAAGGAGGCCAUUGGGGCCAUCUCCAGGGCCUACCGUGACAUCUUCACCAGCAGCAACAGCCGCAAGAGAGCAGCCAAGACCGACAAUACCACGUCUCCCUUCUCUCAGGGUGCCGGUUUUGCCCAAGUCCUCUCUCACCCGGCCUCCACCCUGAGUUAUAAGUCUUGCCCCGUUGCCCCUCGUGACGACCCACCGACAUUCCUCAACGGGCACAACAGUUGCUACGCCUACUUGGCGUCAACAAAUCACAGCCAAGAUCCGUCUAACGGAGGAUGUUCGACCAAUCGUAACAGUUUUUGCAACGCAGGAAGUACCCCAAAUCAGCCCACCUGCCCGUGGAAAUUAGCUUCAGGAGCAAAAGUGUUGGCCUGUCCUCUCAACGCGUGGCCUGUAUCAGGGUCAGAGCGCACGAGUCAGGACAUAUGGGAAUCCUUCUCGCAGUGUUUCACUCCCGCCGUCAAGGAGGUGGUAGAGUUUGCCAAGGGCAUCCCGGGAUUUCAGGAGCUUAGCCAGCAAGACCAGGUCCUGCUGCUGAAAUCCGGCACCUUCCAGGUGCUGAUGGUCAGGUUCUGCACCCUGUUCAAGGCUGACGAGCGUACAGUAACUUUCCUUAAUGGCCAAACGUACCCCCUGCCCACCCUGCGGGCCCUGGGCAUGGGCUCUCUGCUGGACGCAAUGUUCAACUUCAAUGAGAAGCUGGGCUCCUUGGGGCUGGAGCCUGAUGAAAUGGCCCUCUUUAUGGCCGUGGUGCUGGUCUCUGCAGAUCGUUUCGGCAUCAAAGACACGCAGGCUGUGGAGCAGCUGCAGGAAGGUCUCAUCCGUGCCCUUCGGUCACUGAUCACUCUGCGCCGCCCAGAAGACACCGCUCUCUUCCCCAAACUCCUCCUGUGCUUGCCCGACCUGCGCACCCUCAACAAUCUGCACUCAGACAAGCUGUUGGCCUUUCGCAUCGACCCUUGAGCGGGCAGGUGUUCGCACGGCACAGUGCCACAAACUGUUUUACAAGAGUUAUACAGGAGGCCACAGAAACACACACAGAUAUUCUCUUCCAAGGACGGACAGGACUUUCCUUAAAGUUGAGGGGAAAAAAAACUGAAUUGUUCCAUUCGAGCAGUGGUUUUACAAAAGAGAUAUUUUUAAACAACCUUUUGAUUUAAAUACUAUGUUUUGAGACAAGUACAUAUACAACCUCAACACCUCUUGAGAGACAUUGUUCCGGUAAAAACAAUAUAUAAUAACUGUCAUGUAGGUUUAGUUAUCAUUUUGUACACUUGCUCAUUAUAUUCAGUGAACCUAAGAAAAAAAGCCAGCUCACUUGUUUAUUCGUUAAAUCCUUUAGAAUCUAUUAGAGAUGUUUGGCAUGUCAGCCUGGGUUUAAAAGGAAGAGAACCUUUAUAGAAUGCAUAGCAAUAUCUGAAAUGUUAAGGUACUUAUUUAUUACCGUUUCACAAACAUACCAUCUGUCUUAGUGCUGGAAUGACACCACUAUUUUGUCACUUGUACACGGUACAAUGUAUUUUUUCCCUUGCUAUUUGUAACUAAUCCUCCAUAAAAAAAGAAAUGGCACACCGUGGUUUUAAAUGUUCCAACUUCGUGAGGAAAUGGCAGCAUAUUGUAUUUUGUCUGCGUCAUAUUGUUUUUCCGCAGCACUGACUGACGGUUUAUUUUUGUUGCUGUAAAUAUAACGUUUCCCUAAUGUUUACGCAUUAAUGAUGGAAUUGAUGUGAUGGAUCGAACAGAUGAGUCUGGUGUCGAGAUGAAUGCACUGUCCUUUCUGCAGUUGGUGAGGGUUUGGCCAUUCCAAAGGUCAGACAGCUUGGACACAAAUUGUGCUAUAAGAUGACAUAACCAACCAGCAUAAUCGCUUAAAUCACCAGCACUCACUGCACAUGCACCCUUCCUCUGCCCUCAACGUUUGUCAUACAAACAAGAGAUAGCUUUGGGGGGAGAUCUUUAUGUAUUGGUCUUCUCACCGUUUGCUUGAAUGAUUUGGGGUGAUUGAGUUGAGCACAUCAUGUACAUUUUGUAAAUCUUUAUUCCAAAAUAGAAAUGAUAAAAUGAUAUAAAGUUUAUGUAUUACUUUG